AUGAACGCUUUUCCAAAAAACAGAAUAUCUGGAUAUAAGAAAUAUUUUAGAAGUAACAGUUUUACAAAUGAAAAAUUAGUUAACGAACACGCAGUGGACAGUCAGUUUAAAUUGCCUUCGUCGAAUACGUUUGUUGCAUUACCAACAAAACAUAAUUACUUUUCUUCAAUAAUAACAACUGAGGCUUCAAAACGUCAAAAUAAUGCUUUGGAAGAAACGGUUAGGAAUGAAAGUAAGAGAAAAGAACUGAUUCGAGAUCAAAUGAGAAACAAAACAAAGACAUUUUCACUCAACCGAGUAUCAAAGGUUAAAGAAACUUAUAUUCCUGCCAAUCAAAAUAGUCUAGCUGUCCAACAGAGAUCAAAUACCCCUGAUAACCAGUCGAAUAGGAAGAACAAUUAUAUUUCACAGAAAAACGUUGAUUCCACCCAAAACCACGACGGAGCUCAGAACACUCUUCAAAAUACACAAAUGUUAGAAAUUAAAAACAAAAUGUUCCAUAAAGUAAAUUCUAAUGAACGUAAUCCACAACCGUCGCUCUCACGAAUAGAUAAUUUGCAGAAAUACAUCGAUACGUUCGUAAGACAAACUGAAUACAGAAAGAGGGAUACAAUACAUAAAACUGACGGUGUAAAACAUCAACAGCACCAGAAGAAGAUAUACGAUGGUGAAAAUUAUGAGCCAAGUAAUUGGAUAUCAAUGAAGAAUGCCAGAAACGAGAAAGUACUUAACUUUCCAGUGAGGAUAGGCGGUUACAAUAUGGUCAAAGAGAUCAACAAGACACCGUAUGCUCUGUUCUACAAAAUGAACCGUGACAGCUACGAGCAACCGGCCCUAUUGGGGCAAGACAUAGAAGCGUCUAUCAACGUAGACGAUGUAUUAACAUAUGAAAAACUCGAUAAAAGAGAUGCAGCAAACGAUAAAAAUAUUGGAAAGAUUAUAAUGAAUUAUAAUAACUUCCGAUAUCGA